ACAAAAACAAAAAUGUUUGGAAAGUUGAACAACGAAAAAACGAUGAAUAUACAGUACAUAUAGCGAUUAGAGAGUCAUGCUGCACAGGCAAUACAAAAAUAUCAUCAUCCAUGCGAGCAUAGUUCGAUUGUAAGUACGAUAGCUAAAGUCGGACAUGUCUGCAUCGUGAUUCUUGUGCACUGCCAGUUUAGUCCCUUCCCAUCCAGCACAUCUGGCGCAGGCGACAAUAAUUUCACUUAGCAAAAGUAAUUGACUAAAAAAUAACACCAUAGUGAUUGUCACGAACUAAAUGAACGAAAUAAUAAAACCUUGAGUGCAAUUUUGCAUUUAUAUUUAGUUUAGUGAAUAUUCAACGAGUGCGCUUGUGGUACCAAAAUCAAACUGAAUCGAUAAAAGAAUCCCAAACAAAAAUAAAAUGAUUGUUAAUGUGUUCGAAUUAGUGAGCAGUACAAGUUUGCAACUUUUAAAUACAACAAAAAGAUGGCAUCUUGUUUCACAACUUCGUCGUUUCUUGUCCGUGCAAUAUGGCGAUUCUGCUCUUCUUACACCUGGUGUCAAGUCCUACGUGAAUGAAUGCGCCUCCCUAUGCCAGCCUGACCAUAUCCAUUUAUGUGAUGGGAGUGCACAAGAAAGUCAAAUGUUGCGAAAAGUUAUGCUGAAACAAGGGACCAUUAUUCCUCUCACAAAAUAUGAGAACUGUUGGCUUGCGCGUACUAAUCCAGAUGAUGUGGCUCGGGUGGAAUCAAAAACUUUUAUUUGUACUGAUCACGAAGAAGAAGCCGUUCCAAUCACUCCAAAUGCUAAAAAAGGAGCAUUGGGUAAUUGGAUUUCACCUAGGGAUAUGGAGCAGGCUAUUCAAGAGCGCUUUCCAGGUUGUAUGCGUGGACGGACGAUGUAUGUCAUUCCAUUCUCAAUGGGUCCAAUAGGUUCUCCGUUAUCAAAAAUUGGUAUUGAAAUAACAGACUCGGAAUAUGUUGUUGAAUCAAUGAAAAUAAUGACCCGUGUCGGAAAUCGAGUACUAGAACAAUUGCCUGGCGACAGUGAUCAAUUUGUAAGAUGCUUACAUUCAGUAGGUAAACCGAAAAAUGGAAACACUUCUGUACCUUCAUGGCCAUGUGAUCCUGAGCGUACAAUUAUACUUCAUAAGCCUGGUAGCAACGAUAUUGUAUCCUAUGGUUCUGGAUAUGGUGGCAACUCUUUACUGGGUAAAAAAUGUUUCGCACUACGAAUCGGUAGCACCAUAGCAAAACGUGAAGGCUGGCUGGCCGAGCAUAUGCUUAUACUAGGUAUAACGAAUCCGAAAGGUAAAAAAAUAUAUGUCGCUGCUGCAUUUCCUUCUGCUUGUGGCAAAACGAACCUGGCUAUGAUGACACCUACAUUACCCGGAUAUAAAGUAGAAUGCGUGGGAGAUGAUAUAGCGUGGAUGAAAUUUGAUAGUCAAGGCACUUUACGUGCUAUUAAUCCAGAGAAUGGUUUCUUCGGUGUGGCUCCAGGGACUGCUAUGUCGACGAAUCCGAUUGCCAUGAAAACUAUUUUCAGAAAUACACUUUUUACCAAUGUAGCGUCCACAUCGGACGGUGGGGUUUACUGGGAGGGCAUGGCAGAAUCAGAUUUUAAUAAUGUAACAAUAACUGACUGGCUCGGUAAGUUGUGGUCUAAGCAAGCUGAAAAGCCAGCUGCCCAUCCGAAUUCUCGCUUUUGCACGCCUGCUGCUCAAUGCCCCAUUAUAGAUCCUGCCUGGGAAGAUCCACAAGGAGUGCCUAUAAGCGCUAUACUUUUCGGUGGACGCCGCCCAAAAGGUGUUCCACUAGUAUACGAAGCCCGCAACUGGUCACAUGGGGUCUUCAUGGGAGCAGCUAUGCGCAGUGAAUCAACUGCUGCAGCGGAGCAUAAAGGCAAAGUAAUAAUGCACGAUCCCUUUGCUAUGCGUCCAUUCUUUGGUUAUAACUUUGGAGAUUAUCUCCAUCACUGGCUAAGUAUGGAGAAAAGAGGAAAUGUACCAAAAGUUUUUCAUGUCAACUGGUUCCGUAAAGGUGCUGAUGGUAAAUUUUUAUGGCCGGGCUUUGGUGAUAACUCUCGUGUACUAGAUUGGAUUUUUAGGCGUGUGGGCGAGGAAGAUUGCUUCGUAGAUACCGCUAUUGGUUAUUUGCCCAGUGAAGGUGCACUUAUUACAGAAGGACUAAAACAGUCCGUGGACCUUAAAGAAAUGUUUAGCUUACCUCGUGGAUUUUGGCAACAGGAAGUCAUUGACAUCGAAAACUACUUUAAAACACAAGUGGGCAAAUAUCUUCCAAAAGAAAUAUCCAAUCAAUUAGAUGAGUUAAAGAAUCGAGUAGCUAAUAUGUAAAUACAAAUUCCAUGUAAAUAUGAUGUACAUACCAAAUGUGUAUUUUGCAAGCGCACAAAACUUUUCGUAACUAAAUAAAAUAAGAAGAAA